AUGUCGGAAGAACGAGUCAAAGAUAUGGUGCUGCUCAGUUGGAGUGGACAGCCUAGAGUGAGUGUGGAGAGUGGACAGCCUCGAGUGAGUGUGGAGAGUGGACAGCCUCGAGUGAGUGGGGAGAGUGGACAGCCUCGAGUGAGUGUGGAGAGUGGACAGCCUCGACUGAGUGUGGAGAGUGGACAGCCUCGAGUGAGUGUGGAGAGUGGACAGCCUCAGAUGAGUGUGGAGAGUGGACAGCCUCGAGUAAGUGUGGAGAGUGGACAGCCUCGACUGAGUGUGGAGAGUGGACAGCCUCGAGUAAGUGUGGAGAGUGGACAGCCUCGACUGAGUGUGGAGAGUGGACAGCCUCGAGUGAGUGGGGAGAGUGGACAGCCUCGAGUGAGUGGGGAGAGUGGACAGCCUCGAGUGAGUGUGGAGAGUGGACAGCCUCGAGUGAGUGUGGAGAGUGGACAGCCUCGACUGAGUGUGGAGAGUGGACAGCCUCGAGUGAGUGUGGAGAGUGGACAGCCUCGAGUGAGUGGGGAGAGUGGACAGCCUCGAGUGAGUGUGGAGAGUGGACAGCCUCGAGUAAAUGUGUGGAGAGUGGACAGCCUCGAGUGA